UAAAUAGGAAGGGUCGGACUUGUAGAGUGUAGUCUUCUGAAAUUGGAAGUGUGAAAGUUCCAAGUUGCCAAGUUUGAAACUAGACGCAAAGGAAUAAUGAGUACGCAAACAAAUUCUGGAAUUCAGCAAUUGUUGGAGGCAGAGAAAGUGGCCCGCAGUAUUGUAGACAAGGCUCGCCAACACCGAGUUCAAAGAUUAAAGGAUGCACGUCAGGAGGCCAAGGCAGAGAUAGAUGAAUACGCUGCUUCCAAGGAGAAGGAAUUCAAAGAUGCUGAAGCUAAGGCUUCCGGUAUUUAUUCUCAAACUGAAGAACAAACGAAAAAGCAAGUGGAGAAAGAUUUUGAAUCUAUCAAGAAGGAUGCCAAAGAAAACUCUGAUAAAGUUAUCAACGCCAUUUUGGCCAUUGCCUGCGACGUAAAGUGAACAUCUACGAUUAAUGAGUUUUGCCGUUCACUGUUUCGUUCUUUUCCCUAUAUAUAAUAUGUAUAUUGAUGAGAAAGAAAUAUUGUUUCUAUUUGAAGAUUAUAAUAAUGUUAAUAUCCUUUCUUUCUUCAAAGUCAACUUGCGUGAAGCAGAAGGUACUG